AUGAAGGAUACUGUUGUCACGUUAGCUGGUGUACUUUUGCAUUCCUCUGUGCAAAAAACCGCCCGGCUGUUUUUGAAUGAACAUCUGAGGAAAGUUGAGUCGAGAUCAGAUAAGUCCCCGUCAGAAGGCAGGGAAAGGAGUGAGCAAGCAGCGAGAUGGCUCAGUGAUUGGAGCGCGAAUGUACUGAUCGGAAGGUCCGUGGUUCGAAUCCGACCUCUACCUCUUGACUCCCCCUGUCUAGGCUUGGGCAACCUGGCACUAUCCCAGCCCUCAAGCUUCCUUCUGGUGGCACGGCAGUUAGGCACCAAUAGGGCUACUGUAAACUCCUCGACAGCCCAAGAUCGGUUUCGCCCUUCCUGGGGCUCAUCAGUUAGGCACAAUCUCCGAUUUCCCGUCAACAUUAUGUUUAAGUUGAACUCAAAUUGCACAGAACUAGCGAAACACACUCAUUUGCAAAAC